AUGCUUUCGCUGACAAAUAUCGGUUUUGUGCGAUGGUCGGUGACACCGCUGAUCGUUGCAGGUUCCCGGCUUCUACACACGACCUCGCUGGAUUUAGCAGCCCGAAAGGGUACCCGUGAAAAGGCACGCAAGGCAAAGGUGAAGAAAGUCGUAGAAAAGGUAGAAUUUAUCCGGCACGAUUUGCGCAAGAAGGGAAAAUUAAACCUUGUCGUAGCGAACAAGCACAUCGACGACAGCUGGAAGCAAGACCCGAAGGAUGAUUGCUGGGUGAGCAGAUACUACAAAUGGCGCGUGUACUCGGUCGAAGAAGCAAUUCACUGCCACCGGGAAACGCACCAUCCGACGGUGUACAAUCUGCCGAAUUCUCCCUUGUUCGCCCACGUGGAGCUUAACAUGCAGGCGGAAAAGGUGACACGAUUCGUGGACAACUUUCAGCGCAUGGUUGCGAUACCGCACCGAUUCGAUCAUGGCGAGAAUAGAAACAUCAUCGUGUUUGCCAAAGGACAGGAGCCACUGAAAGAGGCCACCGAUGCAGGUGCGACCCUCGUGGGAGGCGUGGAACUGAUAAAAGAAAUUCAAAACGGUGAUCUGCAGCUAGCCGAAUACCCGUUCGUGUUGGCCCAUCCUAACAUACUGCCCGAGCUGGUGGUAAUCCGUGGUUUGCUAAAAAAGAACAGAUUCCCUAAUCCGCGCUCCGGCACACUUGGGGUGAAUUUGGCGGAAAUGAUCGAAAAGUACGCACAUGGCAUUAACUACAGUGCUACGAAGGAUGAACAGCAGAAGGACUUCGGUUCCAUCGUCGCCUGUAUCGGCAUGCUACCAAUGGAUGCUAAGCACCUGGAAAGUAACCUCGUCUCGUUGCUGCAGGACGUGAACUCAAUGCGACCAAAGCGUGAAGGGAAAUUCGUUACGCGCGUCCUGCUCAAAUGUCCUCCGUCUGGCGAGAACCUCAAAAUUGACCCCUUCGUGUACAUCCCGGCGGAGGGUGUGUUCAGCAAAAAGUCAGCCAAAUCCGAAUCCAACGCCGAGGAAGAUGACACGGAAGAACACGAAGAACCCAAAGCCGCUGUGGCCGGAGGUGCGUCAUGAGCGACGAUGACCAUGCCACGCACGCCCAUUCAACGCAGCGCACUCUGUACACCGUAGGAAUAGAAUAAAAAUGGAAA